UAUGCGUAUUACGGUAAUGACCUCCCGGACAUUCAGGAUGCUCUGGUUGGGCUCGUAGCGCAUACGCCGGAUUUGCGAGCCCCCUUGGCUGUUUGUCAAACGACCCGACCGGCUGUGGAGGGGACGUGACACCGCGAAUGGAAUAUGGAGUGUAUUCCGGCAACUCUUGAGGAUCUUGAGAGGAAAAAGGAUCCACUUAUUGAGGACCCCGAGCACAAUGUGUACACCAGGUUCAUGAAGUCCCAUCGCUGUUAUGACCUUGUACCCACAAGCUCCAAAUUGGUUGUAUUUGACACGUCCCUCCAGGUUAAGAAGGCAUUUUUUGCACUUGUUUCCAAUGGGGUGAGAGCGGCUCCCCUUUGGGACAGUAACAAGCAGUGCUUUGUUGGCAUGCUAACAAUUACAGACUUCAUUAACAUCCUUCAUCGAUACUAUAAAUCUCCACUGGUUCAGAUUUAUGAGUUGGAGGAACACAAAAUAGAAACAUGGAGAGAGCUGUAUCUUCAAGACUCUUUCAAGCCCUUGGUUAGCAUAUCACCAAAUGCCAGCUUGUAUGAUGCAGUAUCUUCGCUCCUCAAGAACAAGAUCCACAGACUGCCAGUAAUCGACCCCCUGACGGGAAACACUCUCUACAUUCUCACACACAAGCGGAUCCUCAAAUUCUUGAAGCUCUUUAUAUCGGAGAUGCCAAAACCGACAUUCCUGGGUCAAACUUUGGAGGAGCUGAACAUAGGGACAUUCCGGAACAUAGCAGUGGUGCGCACAGAUACGCCUCUGUACACAGCGCUGGGUAUUUUUGUAGAGCAGCGAGUGUCUGCGCUCCCUGUGGUGGACGACAAAGGUCGAGUGGUGGACAUUUACUCCAAAUUUGAUGUCAUUAACCUGGCAGCGGAGAAGACCUACAACAACCUGGACUUGACUGUGACCAAAGCCUUGCAGCACCGCUCUCAAUACUUCGAAGGGGUGCUGACCUGCAAUCGCCACGAAACCCUGGAGGCCAUCAUCAACAGACUGGUGGAGGCUGAGGUGCACAGGUUGGUGGUUGUAGAUGAGCAGGAUGUAGUGAAGGGUAUCGUCUCCCUCUCGGAUAUCCUCCAGGCACUUGUGCUCACUGAUAGAGAUGAGGGCACUGCAUGAGGCGAACGGUAUCAAUACCAGAGGUGAGGCCGGAGCAAAUGGAGAAAAAAGUGGAGGAGGGAGAAUUUUUAUAGGAAAAUGAGUGAUUGCCAUCCUAUAUUUCCUUUACAUAUUUUUUCAUCAGUGCAAAAAUACUUUCAAGUUCAGUGCGUUUUAUGACGUGAGCAAUGCAACAUUAUGGUAGUACAGGAAGCAUCAUAUUUCCUGUCAGUUGAGCCAAAUUCCAUAACAUCAGGGAGCCAAAAAAGAUGCAACAACAGCACAAGGAUGCUCAUUUUAAAAUUAAACAAUAGUCGGCUACUAGCUAAAGGGAGACAAGAUCUUGUAUUGGAAAUAUUUCUUAUUUGUGGUGGGGCAAUCAACCCAUCCAAGGACACUUAGCACAUUAUUGUUUCUUGAUGUGCUGGCAUGUCAUGUGUACAAUAUAAUUUGAUUGCCAUCUAGGUUGAUUUCAUACAUGUCCCCGUCUGUUAUACAAAUACACGAAAGGCAUGUUAAAUUGAAUUUGUGUCAUCACCCAAAAGAUGAGAUUUUAUGUAGUCUGUCUGAAUUGAACUGACAGGCUCAGGUUGUGAUGCGUUAAGUAGCAAACGAAGAACCUUACAAUCUGCAGGCAUAACUACUAACUGCGCAUCCUGGUUCCACGGAUUUAUGAUGAUUAUGAGAAACAUUUUGUGGUGUUAUGUAUCACAGUUUUUAAAAGAUUUUACAUCAAAAUUCCAAGACUAUAUCUAUUAUCUGUUUUGUUACACAUACUAUAUUAAAUGGAUUUGUAUUACUCUUGAAGGCGCUGUUAAAUGGCUCUCUUUAGACAAUGGUCCAACACUUAAGUAGGAAUGGUCAAAGUUAUCCAUUAUUUCUUUGGUAUUUGUGAUUUGCAGACAAAAAAAAUAUUUGUGGUUUUAUUUAUGUUGCAUUUAAUAUACUGUGUAAAACAUUUUUCUUCCUUCUGGGGAUAAGCAAAGAAUGAGUCACAUUUCCUGUUUUGAACAUGUAUGGAAAUUUAGUUUUUUGUGUUAAGCAGCAGUCAAUUGUUAUGUAAAGAGCAAUAAAUGUUCUUUGAGAAUGCG